UCCCCGUGUGUCUUCCAUUCGCACUGUGAUUAAUGCUCAAAAUAUUGUUCGUUUUAUUGCGUUAAAAAAUACACUCGAUCAAACAUUAUUGAAUAUUGAGUGGAAUGGUAUUAACUUUUGAAUGAUUUAAAAACUAUAAUACACAAAAGGUUGUAUUUUUAAUUGGCGUAAAAAUGAUUUUUGUGAAUUCUUGAAGUUAACUUUGUGAUGCAGAAGAUUUUUAAAAACUGAUUCUUUGGACGUCAAUUAGCGGGAAUAGAUCAACGCGUCUCAACAUGUACGGUUUUGUCAACUACGCCCUUGAGCUGCUGGUCAUCAGGAAUUUUGGGGAGGAGGCUUGGAAGCAAAUCAAGCAGGAAGCGUACCUGGACAUGGACGGAGACUUCCUGGUCAGACAGGUGUAUGACGACAGUGUCUCGUAUGAUUUGGUCGGUGCCGCCUGCAAGGUGCUCAAUGUUGAUGCCGCCACCGUCCUCCAACUCUUCGGGAAAAUGUUUUUUGAGUAUUGUGUCGAGUCAGGCUAUGACAAGAUCCUGAAGGUUCUGGGAGCGACCACCACCGACUUCCUACAGAACCUUGACGCCCUCCACGACCACCUGUCCACCAUCUACCCGGGGAUGAGGGCCCCGUCCUUCAGGUGCACUGAGAGGCCCGACGGGGCCACGGUCCUACAUUACUACUCCGACAGACCUGGACUUGAGCAUAUAGUCAUCGGUAUCGUUAAGGAAGUGGCCAGAGAACUCCACAACUCCCCCGUCAUCGUGGAGAUCAUCCAGGAGAAGGACGACAACUGCGACCACGUCCAGUUCGCCAUCAUCGAGGAGAGCAAGCAGCACCAGCUGGAGAAGCUGGACCUGGAGACCUUCGAGCACCACCUGUCCACGGAGCCCAAGAUGAGCCCGGCGUCCUUCUGCAGGGCGUUUCCCUUCCACCUGCUGUUUGACAGGGACCUGUGCGUGCAGCAGGCGGGCCUGUCGAUAGGUCGUGUGCUGCCUAAGGUGAACAACUCCUGCCAGAUCACGGAGCUGUUCGACAUGAUACGCCCCCACAUGGAGUUUGGUUUCGACAACAUCCUGUCCCACAUCAACACGGUCUUCGUGCUCAUCACCAAACAGGGCGUGCUCACACGUGAUGACGUCAACGACGCACAGUCCGCAGUUAAUGCAGAGCAGCAGCAAAUGAGGCUCAAAGGCCAAAUGAUCUACGUUCCCGAGUGCGACUCCAUCUUGUUCCUGUGUUCCCCCAGCGUGAUGAACCUGGACGACAUCAGCCGCCAGGGGCUGUACCUGAGCGACAUCCCCCUGCACGACGCCACCAGGGAGCUGGUGCUGCUGUCUGAGCACUGGGAGGCCGAGUACAAGCUGGCACAGAACCUCGAGGUACUCACGGACCAGCUGCAGCAGACGUACAGGGAGCUGGAAGAUGAGAAGAAGAAGACAGACAGAUUAAUGUACUCGAUACUUCCACCAUCAGUGGCCAAUGAACUACGCCACAGGAGACCAGUUAAUGCCAUGAAGUAUCCUAAUGUCACCCUUCUGUUCAGCGGUAUAGUCGGGUUCACUGAGUACUCAGCCAAACAUUCCGAUGCCGAGGGUGCCAUGAAAAUUGUGGAACUGCUCAACAUUGUGUACACACGGUUCGAUAAAAUGUUGGACCCUGGAAAAAACCCAAACAUUUUCAAGGUCGAGACUGUGGGAGACAAGUACAUGGCCGUCAGCGGUCUGCCAGAAAAAUGUGACGACCAUGCCCGCUCUAUUGCCAGAUUGGCACUUGAUCUGAUGGAUAUAUCGAAGGAGCUGAAAGAUCCCAAUGGUGAACCCAUCAUGAUCACCAUCGGCAUCCACUCAGGUGAGGUGGUGACAGGUGUGAUAGGUAAGAAGAUGCCCAGGUACUGCCUGUUCGGCAACACGGUCAACUUGACCAGUCGCACGGAGACCACAGGUGUCAAGGGGAGGAUCAACGUCUCAGAGUAUGCCUACAGGUUUCUUCAAGAACCCAUGAACUUUGACCCCGGGUUCCAAUUCGAUUACAGGGGUGAGGUCGUCAUGAAGGGCAAGGCCACUCCCAUGAAGUGUUACUUCCUGUCUAGAAAGGAGACAACCCCAGAAAGGAAAUCAAAAACCUGUGACGUCUAGAUCUAGAUCACAUGACUUUUGUUCUAUAAAUAAAUGCUCUUGAGUCUUGGUACCCGGUGCAAGUUAAAAAAAACUAAACCAACUCGCUCCAAUCGCCUUGUGUAAACUAGAGGCCUCUCAUACCGUCUGAUCCUAGGGACCAC